GCCAUCUAGAGUCCAGAACCGCGUAUUACGGAAUUUACAUUGGUAAUUGACGGUGAUUCUUGUGGAACUUACCUUCAAUAUUUCAUCAACGAUGAUUCAAUGAUUUGAAAGACAUGGCAACUUAAUUGGGAUUUCGACUUGACGAUUUGCCACGGGAUUGGUGCUUUUUUUCCUCGGUCAUCGCCUCAAGAUUUCUGCUGGAUACAUAAGGGGAAGGUAACACCAUGUCAACGUACCGGCGUAUGGACUCGUGCAUACGCGAAAUAACUGAGCUGGGCUAUUGGUUUGUCCAGGGGUCCCAGUACAGUAUGUCGGACCUGCGAAAGACGCCGCCGUCUUCGAGAGGGUGCCUCUUCACAAACUUUGAAGAUGUCCAGCUCACAGAUGAAGAGCGUAUCUACCUCAAUGCGGCGGCCAUGGGUGACCAGGGCGUGGUACGCACGUCCUUGGAGGAGAGCGAGAGCCUCCUUAACGUCAACUGUGUGGAUUACAUGGGAAGAAACGCCCUCCACCUGGCGGUGGACGCGGAGGAUAUGGAGUGCAUCGAGUUGAUAUUGGAUAAGUUAAACUUUGAUGGGAUCGAGGAGGCAUUAUUACACACUAUUAGUAAAGGGAGUACUAAAAUUGUGAAAGUGGUCAUAGAACACCCGGCCUACAUGGCUGGUGAGGAAAAGUUCAAACGAAUGGGGGCAAAAGACGCGUUUUUUAGAACAGAGGAAAAAAGUCAAUUCUCACCGGAUAUUACUCCGCUCAUAUUAGCUGCGCAAUACAAUAAUCAUGAAAUCAUUCAAAUGUUUUUAUCUCGGAAUCAUACCAUAGAAAAACCCCAUGCAAUAUCUUGUGCGUGCUCGGAUUGUGUCACGAAACAGAACUAUGACUCUCUUAAGAGAUCAAGGUCACGGCUGAACGCCUACAGGGCGUUGGCUAGUCCUGCUUAUAUGGCUUUAUCCAGUCCCGAUCCUAUAAUGACCACGUUUGAACUCAGGCAAGAGAUGAUGAAGUUAUCCGAAGUUGAAAAGGAAUUUAAGAAAGAGUACGUGACGCUGGUUGAGCAGUGUAUGAACUUUGCCUGCGAGAUGAUGGACCUCUGUCGUGGGACCCAGGAGGUGGAGGCGGUGCUGAGUGAGAGUCACGUGAACCAAGCCACGGGGAGGCGGCUACCGCUUGCGAGGUUACAGAUGGCCAUCCGAUAUGAGGAAAAGAAGUUUGUCGCUCACCCGAAUUGCCAGCAACAUUUGACCAAUAUAUGGUAUGGUCCUGAGAUGGGCUUCCUUCAAUCGUCUCAUCUACUCAAGAGGGUUGGCUUUAUACUGGGAUUCGUUCCUCUCGUACCGUUCAUGUGCCUCAUUUACCUGUUCGCCCCAGAUUCCAAGUUAGGAUCCUGGAUGCGCUGUCCCGUUACGAAAUUCAUCACCCACACGAUUUCCCAUCUGUGCUUCCUCAUUCUGCUCGCUGCUGCCACCUUUCGGCUGGAAGAGAAAUACACGCCCGUCAUGUCCACCAAUGACUUUCAAAGUGAACGCUAUGCCCAUCUGUCGCUAAGAGAGAAGACGGACAGUCUCAUGAAGGAGACACUCCGUCCAGCCAAUACACUCAUCACCCAUGUACAAAUAUGCAUUAUGUUCUGGAUAUUAGGUUUAUUAUGGAGUGAAUGCAAACAGAUCUACACAUCAGGUGUCCGCGACUACGUGUACGACUACUAUAACUUCAUGGACUUCACCAUCCUCUCUCUGUAUCUCGCCUCAUACGUCCUCCGCUUCAUCGUCGAUCAUUGGGUGAAGGAAGCAGACGAGUAUUACAACGGGACGAGUAUAGCAAGGGAGGCACUGCUGAAUAGGAACUUCACGAAUUUUAAUAACUUGGUCCAAUAUAUAAAAUCGACGAAGUUUGGGGAUAAGAACUAUUUCAUGAAUGCGUCUCGCUUUGAGUGGAAGCCUAACGAUCCGGAGAUAGUUAGUGACAUUCUCUUUGCUGUGGCGAAUGUGUUAAGCUUCGCACGAACUACCUACCUCAUGCCAGCAUUCGAGGUGCUCGGACCCCUACAGAUCUCCUUCGCAAGAAUGAUAGGCGAUAUUACCCGAUUCAUGGUCUUAUUCAUUUUGGUAUUGUUCGCUUUCAUGGUUGGUCUCCACAACCUGUACUGGUACUAUGGCACACAGGAGCUGCCCAUCCCGGGGGAAAACGGCACGGUCAGGCCUAUACCGGCAUCUGAGGCAUUUGAAGGCCUGCAACACACAUUGUUCAGUCUGUUUUGGUCGAUGUUUGGCCAGAUUCCCAUCAGCAGUAUUCCCGUGAGGCAUCCAUCAGAUAUCCCCAUGCUUGCCGAGGAUCGUGAUGGUCGUGGGAAGUACGAGGACGGCAUGCCCCAGCCAAACAGCAGCACGUAUAUCGUGGAGGCAGUGGGCAUGUUUCUCUUCGCCAUCUAUCAUGUUAUCAUCAUCAUCGUACUCGUCAACAUGCUUAUUGCUAUGAUGAGCCAUUCAUUUGAGGAUAUACAGGGUGACUGUGAUGUAGAAUGGAAGUUCGCCCGCACCAAGUUGUGGAUGAACUACAUCGAUGACGGGAGUACCUUGCCUGCGCCCUUCAACCUCCUUCCCACCUACAAGACCUUCAAGUAUGCAUGGCGCUGGCUGAAGAGAGUGGUGAGCAACAGUCCCGAUACACUGCUUGACCAGGAAAGACAAAGGAACCAGACAUUCAUGAGGGCCCGCGUAUCUCGUCUAAAGAGGAGGCGUGAUAAUGUCUGCAAGGACAUGGACUUGGAGGCCCAGGACCAGUCGUAUGUUGAUAUCAUGCAGAGGUUGGUGAGAAGGUACUUGUUCAAGCGGGAGAGAGAGCAGGACGCUGAAGUCUACCCGUUCUCAGAGCGAGUGAAGGAUGGCAUCACCAUGCGGACAGAUGAUAUGAUCGAAGCUCAAGAGUUCUCUCCCUCGUCACCGCCAACCACCAUAUAUGAAGAGGAUGAGGGAGCAGGCAGGGCAGCCAGGAGGGCGCCCAUACCAGAUAUGGACGCCGACGAGGCCCCACCAUCGACGCGCCGCACACCGACUCUCCUCACUCCAGAUGGCGCCGGCGGUGGACAGACCGGUGGCGGCCUGCAACGCAAGCCAUCUAUUCGACGAUCAGGGCACAGCAGGCGACGUUCCUCCAUCAACGGACAGCAACCCAAUGUUCAAGUUCUAUCUAUUCCCCAACUAGAUGCAAUCCAACGGACCCAGAAACUGCUGGAUGUCCGGCUGCAGCAUCUUCAGAGUGCGACAGAUUCGGCCGGGUAUCAAGCAGCGAACAAGCGCGUUAUGGACGACAUAGAACACAUCCGUUCUCUCCUGUCGGAAAACCAAAAGGCAAUGUACAGUAUUGUCAAAGCAGUUUCCACAAUACAGGAAGAGAUCCAUGGUCUCAUGUACAACUUAGGGCAGUGGUUCUCGGCGCAGAGUGAACUUACCAAACUCAAUAAAGAGAAGGAGGCAGAUAAACCGGGAGGCGUCACCAAGACAGUCCAUCUUCAAGUUGUGGAUAAGAAGAAAAAAGAUAAAGAUAAAGAUUAAAUCGCUGUAUUGAAAUCGGAUCCUGAAGUCAGACGAAUAAUAACCUCUAUAGUUUGGACUAAUAACCCUGGUUUUUAUCUUGAAGACUUUAACAGUGGUUAAAUGUUACUCUCGGCCAGAUUCAGUGACAGUGGUUACUUAAUAGUAUGCAUGUGAAUUUGGUUUAAACUGAACACUAUGGCUUUUUUACGGCUCCACCUAUCUGACUUAGUGAAGCUACUGCGUCAGCCCCAGUCAUGCGUGUAGUGUAACGCCAAAGGUUGGCGCCAACUCCUUCUGCCAUGACAGAUUCCCAAGGUUACUUUACGACGGAUGCAUGUACUGACAUUUUGUCUGAGCUUCGCCUGUAAUCGGGGUCGGAAUGUUUAAAGUCGGGAGUCGAGGGUCAUAUAUUCACAACCCAUGCAUUUUUGCAUUCUUUGGUUGAAGGGAGGCGUAAAAUACCAAAACUUUCCGCGUCCGUUGUCGCAGUUGCAUACAACUCAGAUUCAAAUAUAAACAAAGCAAAAUUGACAGACCGUUGCAUGCAUGAGGAGCUUGACAAUGCCACACUGCAUGGUUUUGUGUUAU